GCUCGUGGUACGUAACCUAGGAGUCACGUGAGGGAGCCGCCGGGGCCGCCGCCUUGGGAGUCACAUGACCGCGCCUACUUCUUCCCCUACUUCGGAAACCAUUUGCCGGAGUUUCAGCGCGGCGGGUUGCGAGCAAGAUGCGGGCGAUCGUUGUGGUGGUGGCUCUAGCCGUUACUUCGCUGGCGGUGCUGGCUAAAGAUCCGUAUGCCGAUGAAGAGUGUCGAUAUCAGCAGUAUCCACCGACAGGACCAACGUUCAGAGGGACCAUUCCAAAGUUCAUCAUCAAUCUUGACUUGCCACCUCGAGAAAGAUGGGUCCAGUUGGCACAUGAGAAGAAAGAGGAGCUGAAGAUCAUAAUUGAGCAUAUCAGAAAAGUAAUGACUGUGUUCUUCCCAAGUGGCAAAUUGGUACAGCUGUUGGAAUCAAAAAUGGCUUGGUUAGGGUCUACACUUCCUUAUCCUUUCAAUGAAGAGAUCAAAGGCAUUGCUGAUGCAACUGGAACUCCUUUAGGUGACAUUGUUAUAUUCAAUGUCUUCUAUGAAAUCUUCACAGUGUGCACUUCAAUAGUAGCAGAAGACAAGGAGGGAAAGCUGUAUCAUGCCAGAAAUCUUGAUUUUGGGCUCUUUCUUGGGUGGGAUAUUAAAAAUAGUUCCUGGAUUGUAACACAGAAAUUGAAACCCUUAAUGGUGUCACUGGAUUUUCAGAGGAACAAUAAGACAGUCUUCCGGUCUUCAAACUUGGCAGGCUAUGUGGGAAUGGUAUCUGGAGUCAAACCGGGCAUUUUUACUCUGACCAUGAAUGAGCGUUUCAGUAUUGAUGGAGGUUACAUUGGAGUCUUUGAGUGGAUCUUUGGCAAGAGAGACGGGUGGUGGAUGAGUUUCCUUACUAGAAGUGUCCUUGAAAAUAGCACAAGCUACGAAGAGGCAAAGGACAGACUAACCAACACGAGACUACUGGCUCCAGCUUAUUUCAUAUUGGCAGGAAAUCACUCUGGACAGGGAAGUGUGAUUACACGUUCCCGAAUUGCUGCUCUUGAUGUUUGGAACCUGAAUGCAACUAAAGGCACCUGGUAUGUGCUAGAAACCAAUUACGAUCGCUGGAAGGUCCCAUUAGUUGUGGACGAUCGGAGAACUCCAGCAAUGAAGUGCAUGAACCAAACGAUGCAACAGAAUGUCUCACUACCAGCUUUGUACGAUGUUUUGUCCACAAAGCCUAUCCUUAAUAAGUUGACCGUUGCCACAACGUUGAUGGAGGUUUCUGAAGGCCAUAUAGAGACCUUCUUGAGAAAUUGUCCAGAUCCUUGUAGUCCCUGGUGAGGACUGAGCACAGCGCAGGAAUGGAUGUUCUCCAGGGUGAACUAGAUGGCAACUGUACUUCUGCCAAGAACCUUCUUAGCCUGCAGAGUAUCCCAUGAGAUGUUGACGCACUGUAGCCCUUAGACUCUUCCACCUGAGGCACAUGUCUUAAGAGUGGAACCUCUUGCUUCAUUAACUGCUUACAGUUCAACAAACCGGCACUUAAUGUCCUGUCACUCUUAUUUUUCAAGUACUACUUUUUAAUGAAUGAAACAAAGGAUUGCCUUUGGAUUCCUGCAUCUCCUGCUGCUGCAGCUGGUCAGUUUUCAGGAAACUGCCUAUAAGGAUUUUGAGUGGAGGGGUUGGAAGUGGUAUUGCACAGACUACCGUAAUUCAGCUGAAGGGUUCUGUUUUGAGACUAGGGAUGAAAUAAAGUAGGCAGCCUUGACAGUGAAUAAGGAAGUCUUUACUGUUUGCCUAGUCUCCUGAUUAACUCCUCCGUUCCUGCUGUUCUGUCUCUCCUUCUACACUGUCCUUGUGGCUUUUUCUGGCCCUUGGAAAAGUAGGAGAGAUUGCCUUGCAGUGGUCAGUGCAGCCUGUGAGAAAAGCAGUACAGAAUUUCUUGGGAUAAAAAGCGCCUCAAAGCUGUCCUGGCUGUUGUUACUAUUUUUCUUUGGGGGCAAAGAGCUGGGAUAGUUAGCCCAUGUUUGUUGAGUCACAGACAGCACAGCUCUCCCUGACUUAAAAGAUUAGAAGUCUGUGAUUCUAACAAAGAAAAGAGGAAAGGGUGUAUCCACUGUAUUCCUGCCCACCUGGACUUGGUCACAGAGUCACUUCCAUAUUGUGCAAGCAAGUAAGCUUUAAGUUGUUGUUGGGGGGCGAGAGUUAACUUGAAGUGCAGCGACUACACACAGCUUGUGGACUUGGCAGUGGUGCCCGUAGGUCCUCAGGUUCUGCCUGCCUCUUCUGCCACAUGCCGUAGUCUGCUUGGUGCCAAGGCUUAGAGCAGCUUCCUGGUACUGUAGUGUGUGUGUGAGAGAGGAGCUUUGCCUCAUACGCUGGACUCUUCUAGCAUGUUUGCCAAAGAAGUUGGGUGUGUUGCUUGAUCAUUGAAAAAUAUAUUGUUCCUGUAUCCUUCCCCCCCUCCCCUUUGUAACUCACUGAGACUAUGGACAUUUCCGUGCUGCUACUUGAUUUUUUUUAUAAAUGUACCUUUUAACGUGUGUUCUUGAUUUUCAUUUUACAAUUAAAGAAAUUACAUCAGGAAA